UCUCAAUCCCCGAAGCUUCUUCCCCCCUUUACUCGCAUCCUCUAUAAACACCAUGGGCGCUCCACCUCCGGCUGGCGAAGAGAAGGUCGUCGUUCUGCGUACGGUGGGCGGCGAGGUUGCCCCCGCUUCGGCUCUGGCCCCCAAGGUCGGUCCGCUCGGUCUCUCCCCCAAGAAGAUCGGUGAGGACAUCUGCAAGGCCACCAAGGACUGGAAGGGACUGAACGUGACGGUCAAGCUCACGAUCGUCAACCGUCAGGCCACGGUCACGCUGAUCCCCAGCGCCUCGUCGCUGCUGGUCAAGGAGCUCAAGGAGCCCCCGCGUGACCGCAAGAAGGUCAAGAACAUCAAGCACGACGGCAACCUGUCCCUGGACCAGGUCAUCGGCGUGGCCCGCGUCAUGCGCGAGCGCUCGAUGGCCCGCAACCUGGCCGGCACGGUCAAGGAGAUCCUGGGCACGGCUGCGUCGCUCGGCUGCACGGUCAACGGCGAGGCCCCCACGGAGAUCCAGCGCCUCAUCACCGAGGGCGAGCUGGACAUCCCGGAGAACUAAGCGGCUUCUGGAUGACAGGUCACACCUUGCCGAUGGAUUUCUACGCGGACUUGUAGCGGUGUAACGAUCGGCUUCUGCUGCUGAUCGCCGACCAAUACGACCCUGGGAACUUUUUUGCAGAGCGA